CCCUAGAAUAAAUGGAAGACCUUCAUCGUUUUCCCGAGAAAAUUCAAGGAAAAAUCGAAAAUCAAAGAUGCAGCACGGGUUCAAGAGAGUAAGCACCAAGGAUGAGGUGGACCUGGAGGCAGGGCAGACCCUCUACCCCGGUCUGAGCCACGGCGAGAACCAGCUCCGAUGGGGGUUCAUCCGGAAGGUCUAUGGCAUCCUCGCCGCACAGAUCCUCCUCACCACCGUCGUGUCUGCCACCGUCGUUUUCAGCGCUCCGGUUAACGAUCUCCUCCGCGACAAUUCUGGGGUUUUGCUUUUCCUUUGUUUCCUCCCCUUUAUCUUGAUUUGGCCCUUACAUAUCUAUCACCAAAAGCACCCGGUGAACUUGAUCAUCCUUGGUCUUUUUACUGCAUCGCUAAGUCUUACGGUUGGUGUAAGCUGUGCUAAUACAGAUGGAAGAAUUGUGCUUGAAGCACUGAUUUUGACCUCGGCCGUGGUUUCAUCUCUUACUGGUUACACCUUCUGGGCCUCUAAGAAGGGCAAGGAUUUCAGCUUUCUUGCUCCAAUUUUAUUCACUGGCCUCAUGAUUCUCAUCCUUACCAGCUUUAUCCAGAUGUUCUUCCCUCUUGGCCCAACUUCUGUCGCUGUCUAUGGUGGAAUCAGUGCUUUGAUUUUCUGUGGGUACAUAGUUUACGACACUGACAACUUGAUCAAACGCUUUACAUACGAUGACUAUAUAUUGGCCUCCGCCAUUCUCUACUUGGACAUCCUGAACCUGUUCAUUUCCAUUUUGCGGGUACUCAGAUCAGCAGAUAAUUAGUUGAAGAUACUUUGCUGAUGCAGGGUUCGCAUGAAAUCAAGAUGAUGAUUAAAUUAUCGUAUUGAAAGUAUGAAAACUACCAUUAAUAACGUAGUAUAUUUGUGUAGUCUUGUGCUGGCACUAAGUUCGCUUUUGCCAACGUUCAAUUUGCAUGUAUCUAAAAUUAAAGUUUGAUUUGGUGAAAUGGAGUGUUCUUUUAUUUUUCUUUUCCUUUUAUUUUUGAAUGUUUAGAAAUAAUUGGCAAUUUACAAU